AUGAUUCCGCAAAACAAGAAGAAAAAACUAAUUUCAAAGUGCUUUUCACGGAAUUUUCCCAAGGAAUCCAAUCAGAAAAUGAAUACAGAUAAAGCCCUGAAGAUGUUGAGGGCCCUUCCAAGGGUUGUUCUCGGGAACAUCAGGGACAAUCCCAACUCAAAGAAAAAUACAAAAAGAGGCCGAGGGCAGCAUGGUGGAAAUAAACAUGGAGCUGGAAACAAGGGCUCUGGGCAGCGACAGAAUUAUAUGAGGUUAGGUUAUGAGACGGGGAAUCAGCCCUUUUACACCCGUUUCACCUAUGAGCCCUACUAUAAGGGUCACCAUCUGAGGCGUCAGUAUCCCCCGAUCUCCCUGUUGCAGCUGCAGAAGCUCAUUGACACGAAUCGCAUUGAUGUCAGUCAACCAAUUGAUCUGGCCAGCUUCUGCACGACGGGAUUGUUUGAUAUCCGGCCAUCUUCGAGGCACUUUGGGGUGCAACUAACUGACGAGGGAGCAGAUAUUUUCCAGGCAAAAGUCAACAUUGAAGUUCAGCAUGCUUCUGAGCUGGUGAUUGCGACAAUUGAGAAAAACGGAGGCACCAUUACAACAGCCUACUAUGAUCCUUUUUCACUGGUGGCACUUGUGAAUCCCAAAAAAUGGUUUGAGAAAGGUGUGCCGAUCCCUGAGAGGGCAAUACCUCCACAAGAUGCUGCAGAGUACUAUCUAGAGGCCAAGAAUCGUGGGUACAUUGCAGAUCCUGAGCAGAUUAGCCAGGAGAGAUUGGCCCUGGCCCAGAAAUACGGGUACGAGCUGCCAAAGAUUGAGGAGGAUCCAGAUGCUGAGAUGCUGCUCACAAGGAAGGAUCCACGGCAGGUGUUUUACGGCCUUCAUCCGGGAUGGGUGAUCAGCCUGAAGGAUCGGGCGAUAAUCAAGCAGAAAGCCAGCAAUUAGAUCAGGUAAAUUUGUUUAGAGUUCUUUUAUUAAAAAGAAAUUCAGCAGCAGUAGCGACAGCAAA